GAACUUUGAACCAUUAAUAAAGUUUCAGCAUCCUUUCUUCUCAUUUCCUUUCCACUCAUUUUCCUCGGCAACAAAUUUUUAUAAUCUUCAUUUUUUUUUUUUAAUCCUUUCAUUUCCUCCUCGAAAAUGGAGAAGAUGAUAAUAUAAAAAAUAUACACCAAAUUAGUCUGCGUGUAUCAACCGUGUGUGUAUAUAUUACUAUAUACAUACAUAUAUAUAUAUAUAUAUACACACACCUGUGACGCGUUAUGGCUGUACUUCAUCUAUAUAUAUUCUCCGAUAUAGCAACAGACUCUCUCUCUAGACUUUAGUAUCUCUUCUUACUCACUUCUUCACUCUGGUCUCGCUGAUCGGUCGAUGAACAGGUGAUCCACUGAUACAUAGAGAGGGAAAGUGAGUGAUCGAGAGAGAGAGGAGGUGAAAUGGGGAGCUACAGGAUAUGUGUUUGCUUUACGAGAAAGUUCAAGAUCACGGAGGCAGAACCACCGGCGGACGUGAAAGAAGCGUUCAAGAAGUAUUCGGAAGGUGGGUCCCACAUGACGGCGGAGCAGCUCCGGCGGUUCUUGAUGGAGGUCCAAGGCGAUGCCGGAGCUACGAUCGCCGACUCUGAGCGCAUUGUGGAGCAGGUUCUGCAUAAACGACAUCACAUUGCCAAGUUCACUAGGCACUCUUUCACCCUCGACGAUUUCCAUCACUACCUCUUCUCAGUUGAUUUCAAUCCCCCAAUCGGAUCUCAGGUUCACCAUGAUAUGAGUGCUCCAUUGUCACAUUAUUUCAUAUACACCGGACACAAUUCUUACUUGACUGGAAACCAGCUCAGUAGUGACUGCAGUGAUGUCCCAAUCAUAAAGGCACUGAAAAGAGGUGUGAGAGUGAUAGAGCUUGAUUUAUGGCCUAAUCCCACCAAAGAUGAUGUGCAUGUUCUACAUGGAAGGACCUUGACAACUCCUGUGGAACUCAUAAAAUGUUUGAAAUCCAUCAAAGAACAUGCCUUUUCAGCAUCUCCAUACCCUGUCAUAAUAACUUUAGAAGACCACCUUACAUGUGAGCUUCAGGCUAAAGUAGCUCAGAUGGUUGAUCAAACAUUUGGAGAAAUGUUGUACAGGCCCGAGUCGGAGUAUUUAAAAGUAUUCCCAUCACCAAAAGAUUUAAUGAAACGUGUUAUUAUUUCAACCAAACCUCCAAAAGAGUACCUUGAAGCUAAAAGUUUUGAAGGAAGUAACUCACAGAAGGCAAAGGAUUCUGAUGAAGAUGAAUGGGGCAAGGAACCAUCGGAUCUUACAGCUGAUCAAGAAAGCGAGGAUAAGAGUGAUAGUGAAAAGAGUGACCACAGUCAGGAUGAUGAAGCCAUUGAUGACUGUCAUAUAAAUUCACGUCCAGCAGAACCACCUGCAUACAAGCAACUAAUUGCUAUUCAUGCUGGAAAACCAAAAGGUGGGUUGAAGGAGGCUCUCAAAGUUGAAAGUGACAAAGUUAGACGCCUUAGUUUGAGUGAACAAGCACUUGAAAAGGCUGCUGAAUCUCAUGCAAUAGAUGUAGUAAGGUUCACCCAGAGAAAUUUUCUGCGGGUAUACCCCAAAGGUACUCGAUUUAACUCCUCGAAUUACAAGCCACUAAUUGGUUGGAUGCACGGAGCUCAAUUGGUUGCUUUUAAUAUGCAGGGAUAUGGUAAGUCACUCUGGUUGAUGCAUGGGAUGUUUAGAUCCAACGGGGGGUGUGGUUACGUGAAAAAACCUGAAUUUUUUAUGAGCAUGGUUCCGCACAAUCAGGUGUUUGAUCCUAAAGCAAAGUCGUCAGUGAAGAAAACUUUAAAGGUAAAAGUAUAUAUGGGGGAUGGAUGGCAUUUGGAUUUUAAACAAACUCAUUUUGAUUUGUAUUCUCCGCCUGACUUCUACACCAGGGUCGGUAUAGCCGGAGUGCCUGCUGAUGAGAUAAUGAAGAAAACAAAGAAACAAGAGGACAAUUGGACACCGGUUUGGGGUGAAGAGUUCACAUUUCCCUUGACUGUUCCUGAAUUGGCUUUACUUCGAAUCGAAGUACAUGAGUACGACAUGUCUGAGAAGGAUGAUUUUGCUGGCCAAAAUUGUUUGCCUGUUUCUGAAUUGAGGGAAGGAAUCCGAGCAGUCCCCCUCUUUGACCGAAAAGGAGAAAAGUUUAACUCAGUGAGGCUUCUCAUGCGGUUUGAGUUGUCUGAAACUUCUUAUAUUUAACUGCAUUUUCAUCUAUUUAUUUGGUUAGGAUUUCAUGCUGGGGCUGUAUAUAUGUGUUAGUUUUAGAGCUGUUAUUUUCAUUUGUUGCAUGAGAUUUUUGUAUUCAUACCUUGUAUUGAAAUAAAUUUUGUAUAUUAUCUUUUGAAAGGUGGAGCUAUGCUCUCCAUGUAUAAUACAUUUGCCUCGUUUAUUUUUUC